AUGUUGUGUCACCUCUUUUCUUUCUUUCUUUUCUUUCUUUCUUUCUUUCUUUCUUUCUUUCUUUCUUUCUUACCCCGUGUUUUUUUUUCAUACAGGACUCUUUCUACAUAUUCCAGAUGCUUUUCUGCAACAGUUCCAGAUGCACUCCUGACGUUCAACAUCUUUUAUUUCUUUUCCUUUUUAGGUCUUUUUGACAUGUGCCAUCAGGAUCACAAAGCCAAAGGUUGGAACAUUGGAAUACGGACAUAUGAAGAGGGACAAGAGGAAGGCGCCCGAAUAUAUUUUUCCUUGGAAACCGAUCGGGCCAAUUCACCGUCUGUAUUAAUGUCAGAUCGAACUUACGAGCCAAAUCGCUGGGUUCAUGUGGCUGCCUCUUACACGGGUAAAAAAAUGAAAUUGUAUAUCAACACAGCCCUGGUUGGAGUGCAACAUCUUCAGACUGGAGAUAUUUUUAGUGUGUCGGCAAGCAGUUGUAAAGAAAUCUUCCUGGGUGGAACGCCAUACUCAAAAGAAAACCUGUAUCGAGGGUCGGUGGAUCAAAUACUAGUUUGGAAUUUCCCUUUAAAACACGGAGAUGUUGCCCAAAACAUGUUUGAUGCUCGCAUCAGCAUGGAAAGAGAAAAAGGAAUUGUCUUUAAAGAAAGUUUCGACGAUCUAAGCCAGUGGAAAUCUUUUCUGAAAGGCGAACCUGAACUUCACUUUUCAAACAUUGAAGACUAUCGUUACGACCUUCAAUUGGUGGCGCCACCAUGCGGCAAGACCGUGUGCGAUGACCCGGAUGUUAUCCGCAGUUAUGUCCAACACCGUGAGCUCCGCCAAGAGAAGAAGGUCAGGUAUCGAAUUGUAAAUGUCAUGGACGACAAUGAACAAAAUCCGAAGGUUACUAAAAUUCAGACAGUUAGUCAACAUCGAGCGCUUGUGUCCACUUUUAAACAGUAUAACAUCAGUUGGGAAUUGGAAGAGGUGAAAUUGCGAAACACAAGUCUCAGGCAUAAGACAGUAUUGCUUGACUGUCUUCCCAUGCAAAUAGGGGACAAACACUGCAAUCGGGAGUGCCAACAUACCCAGACGGGAAACGAUGGCGGAGACUGCGAUCCGGACGAAAUACCGUGCGAUGCUGUCAACUUAGGAAACGGACGAUGUGAUUUCGAAUGUAACCGAGCUUAUUAUGAAUGGGAUAAAGGUGACUGCUGCCAAAGCGCUUUCAAGUCGGCCAAUAGCACCUGUCUGGACCCGGAUUCACCUAACAGAAUUUACCUAAGUAUGGACGAAUACAAGACAGCCCUUAACGUGAACGGAAGUACCCACCUGAAUGUCUACCUAGCAUCAUGGUCUUUAAAGGGAUUGGCGACAUUCCCAUGGGAAAAGCAUGUUUAUAAUGUAUUGGGUAAGUACAGUAGCCUGCUUUUUUCCCCCUAG